CACAACUGUUUUGCACCAUGCAUUUGUUUUUGUCCAGCCAUGCGGAAUCCUGUAACGUCUGUGGGUUGAUGUGAUGACCGAAACCAAGCGAUCCUUCUACCCUCCUCCCAAGUCCCGCCGUGAGUCGCCUAAAAGUCCGACUCUUCAGAGGCAUGAGUCAGCGCCCAAUUUGAGCCGGCGACGGCGGUGGGAGGCAGAGAAGGCGGAGAAGGUUGAGAAGGUGGCAAAGGUUGAAAAGGUGGAGAUGGGCCUGCGACGAGAGAUCUCCUGCAGCAUCUCAAGCUCUGAGUGGGCUGGAGGAUUGCGGUCACGUGCAUCCGAGAACAGCUCAAAUGGAUCAGGCUCCAGCAUCAAGGGAAAAGGGAAGGGCAAAGGCAAGAGACCUUUGCACCAAGAUUCAGAAUCAGACUCUGAGAUUGUAGAGCUCUCAGCGGUCGUGACAACAUCGCUGGAGGUGCCUUUGAGAGUGUUACGUUCCUCUUGGAAAGCCCCUGUUGCAGAGGCAUCCACUGCUCGAAUUGAGGUAGAUGCCAGCCGCCGAGAUGGCUUUGGACGAAUCACGAUCGUGGGGAGCUGGAGGCAGAGUUUCCUUGCUUAUCAAUGCCUGAUGGAGCUCUUUCACAGAGCUUCCAAUCAUGCCUCGCAAUCUUUCAAUGCCAAACCUGGUCCGCGCGUUUGGCGGGGCAAGGCUCAGCAAAGCUAGUCGCCAAGAUGAAUAUCUCUCAAAGUGGCAUAAAGUUGCCCGUCAUCCAAGGUGGCAAUGCAGUUGGAGAGCUUGACCAAGUCGAGGAGGUUAUUUCCACCGAGGCCGUCCUGGAAGAUUAUUGCCACAACCACUUCGGAGCCUUUCGGAGAAGCUUUUCUCAUCCUAUCUGCGUGAAGUGCCGAGG